CAAACCAGAUACAAAAUGAUUUUUCAAACUCUGCUUCCUAUUACUUUCUCUACAGCAGUUGCAGCAGCAGCAGCUUCAGCCAACGGUGCUGCUGGGGGCCUGGCAGGAACCACCAACGGCCCCUUCCGCCCCCUGGGAACACAGCAGCCCCAGCCUCAGCCGCAGCAGCAGCCCACCAACAACCUGGCCUCCAGCUCGUUUUAUGGCAACAACUCACUCAGCAGCAAUUCCCAGAGCAGCUCCCUCUUUUCUCAGGGCUCUGCCCAGCCUGCCAACACCUCCCUGGGCUUUGGGAGCAGCAGCUCCCUUGGUGCCACGCUGGGGUCUGCACUGGGAGGCUUCGGGACGGCAGUUGCCAACUCCAACACUGGCAGCGGCUCUCGCCGAGAUUCCCUGACAGGGAGCAGUGACCUGUACAAGAGGACAUCCAGCAGUUUGACACCUAUCGGACACAGUUUUUACAAUGGCCUCGGGUUUUCCUCCUCUCCUGGACCUGUGGGUAUGCCUCUGCCCAGCCAAGGACCUGGCCACUCUCAGACUCCACCACCUUCCUUAUCUUCACAUGGAUCUUCUUCCAGUCUAAACCUGGGAGGGCUCACAAACGGAAGCGGCCGUUACAUCUCUGCUGCUCCUGGAGCUGAAGCCAAGUACCGCAGUGCAAGCAGUGCCUCCAGCCUCUUCAGCCCCAGCAGCACGCUGUUCCCCUCGUCCCGCCUGCGCUAUGGCAUGUCUGAUGUUAUGCCCUCCGGCCGCAGCAGGCUGCUCGAAGACUUCCGCAAUAACCGCUACCCCAACUUACAGCUGAGGGAGAUUGCUGGGCACAUCAUGGAGUUCUCCCAGGACCAGCAUGGAUCCAGGUUUAUUCAGCUGAAACUGGAGCGUGCUACCCCAGCAGAACGUCAGCUUGUGUUCAACGAGAUCCUCCAGGCAGCUUAUCAGUUGAUGGUGGACGUAUUUGGAAAUUAUGUCAUCCAGAAAUUCUUUGAAUUUGGCAGCCUGGAGCAAAAGUUAGCCUUGGCAGAACGUAUCCGUGGGCAUGUUCUGUCCCUGGCUUUGCAGAUGUAUGGAUGUAGGGUGAUCCAGAAGGCCCUUGAGUUUAUUCCCCCAGACCAGCAGGUAAUUAACGAGAUGGUACGGGAGUUGGAUGGCCAUGUCCUGAAGUGUGUAAAAGACCAGAACGGUAAUCAUGUGGUGCAGAAGUGUAUUGAGUGCGUGCAGCCUCAGUCCCUGCAGUUUAUCAUUGAUGCAUUUAAGGGACAGGUUUUUGCGUUGUCUACACAUCCAUAUGGCUGCCGUGUGAUUCAGAGGAUCCUCGAGCACUGUCUUCCUGAGCAGACUCUUCCCAUCUUGGAGGAGCUUCACCAGCACACUGAGCAGCUUGUGCAGGAUCAGUAUGGGAACUAUGUUAUCCAGCAUGUACUAGAGCAUGGUCGGCCUGAGGACAAGAGCAAGAUUGUAGCAGAAAUUAGAGGCAACGUGCUUGUCUUGAGUCAACAUAAAUUUGCUAGCAACGUUGUGGAGAAGUGUGUGACCCACGCCUCCCGUACGGAGCGCGCCAUGUUGAUCGACGAGGUGUGCACUAUGAACGAUGGCCCUCACAGUGCCUUAUACACCAUGAUGAAGGAUCAGUAUGCCAACUACGUGGUACAGAAGAUGAUCGAUGUGGCAGAACCAGCUCAGAGGAAGAUUGUCAUGCACAAGAUCCGGCCCCACAUCGCCACCCUGCGCAAGUACACCUACGGCAAGCACAUCUUGGCCAAGCUGGAGAAAUACUACAUGAAGAAUGGCGUGGACCUGGGGCCCAUCUGCGGGCCUCCAAACGGCAUCAUCUGAGGCGCUGAGCAGCCCGGCCAUCGGCAGCCACAACCAGCAGCCAGCCCUGUUCCAAUACGCAGCUCGAGGUGUUACGGUUGCUAAACUACUAAAAGAAGAAGAAGAAGAAAAAAAAAGCCUUUGUAAAUUUCUUUAAUUUUAUUAUGCAUAACAUGUACUAAUUAUUUUUUUUAAUUAACUGAUUGCCCUGCUGUUUUACUGGUGUAUAGAAUACUUGUACAUAGGUAUCAAAUGUACAUGGAAGGCCACAUUUUUGUUCACUGUUGUAUCUAUAUUCCAAAUGUGGAAACUUUCAGGGUGGUUGGUUUGAAGUACAAAAAAACACACAAUGUUUUUAAUCCAUCUGCCUUGCAGGCAACUCUUUGCAGAUACUCGUUGUUCUCCUCUGACUCAGAAGUCAGCGACAGGUUUGGAUUUUAGUUGAACGGCGCGAGAGACGCAUUUAAUGCUGUUUAUAAAUAUUAAAAAAAAAAAGAGAAAUCAACUCGCUAUGAAGCUUCAGUUUAAAAAAGAAUUAAGUUUUUGAAACUUUUUAAUUGCUUUAUUUUUGGGUUAUUUUCGUUUUAUUUCGAGUAUAACUUGCUAAAGGAGGUAGCGUAGUGCUCGUUUGGGGAGGAAGAUGGACAUGGCCAGGAGGGUUUUAAAGCGAGGGUCGGGUGGGUGUCCUUAUUUACUGCCUACUCAGUUUGUGUUCUGUUAACGUGGAGAGACACCAUUUGAUUAUUUAGCAUGAGGAAAACAAACCCAACUCGGCUUUGGUCUUGCUUCUAUAAAUAUAUAGUGUAUACUUGGUGUAGACUUUACAUAUAUAAAAAUUUGUAGUAUUUUCUUGUUUUGAUGUCUGAUCUGUAUCUAUAAUGUACCCUAGUAGUGGAACAUACUUCUGACUGUACAAUUGUACAUUUGUAAACCUCUGUAAUGUAAAUGUGGAGAAGUUUGAAUCGACAUAAACCCGUUUUUUGGUAAGAAAAAAAAAAGAAUUAGCAAAACCUGUGCAUUUCAGUGUAUAUUCACACCUUUUAUGGUCGUAGCAUAUAGUGUUGUAUAUUGUAAAUUGUAAUUUCAACCAGAAGUAAAUUUUUUCUUUUGAAGGAAAUGUUCUCUUUAUACAGCCUAGUUAAUGUUUAAAAAGAUGCUUGGUUUUAUUUGUCACCUAGUUGAGCGGUAGCGAUCCUUUCUAAAUGUUAUACAAAACGAUUCAGUUCAAAAUAGUGUUUUUUUGAAUCUUACAAAGUAAUGUUUUGCUUAUUUUGUGACAGUAAGAAACGAAAAGUGCAAAAGUACAGAACCCCCCUAGUUUUCCUUACAAUCAGAACCCCUUUUCACCUUGUAAAGUGUGAAUCACCUUCCCUUUUUGUACAGAAGAUGAACUGUAUUUUGCAUUUUGUCUACUUGUAAGUGAAUGUAACAUACUGUCAAUUUUCCUUGUUUGAAUAUAGAAUUGUAACACUACACGGUGUACAUUUACAGAGCCUUGUGUAUAUUUCCAAUGAACUUUUUUGCAAGCACACUUGUAACCAUAUGUGUAUAAUUAACAAACCUGUGUAUGCUUAUGCCUGGGCGACUAUUUUUUGUAACUCUUGUGUAGAUUGUCUCUAAACAACGUGUGAUCUUUAUUUUGAAAAAUACAGAACUUUGGAAUCUGG